AUGCGCAUUCGUUCGACCGUGCCUGGGUGGAAACAAAAAGAAAAACAGGAGAACAGCGUGCCGCUAUUGUUUGUCGGGACUCCCCACCCGGAAGCCGAGCCGGAGUCGUACUUGGUUGAGCAACCUCGGCCGGCUCGGCCGCCCCAGUCCUCGCACCGACAACCUCCGUCGGCGCAACCGAGGAGAGCACCUCGUCUCGUGAGCGGCGGACUGCUGGCUGUGCCGGUAGCUGCGAUUCCACUCGUCCCUUCGUGCCCGCCUGCGGGCAGCGGAGUUCUUUUCGAGAACGGGCCCGACCCGGAGGCCAAGGGAUGCUACGUGAACGGCCUCUGGAUUCCGGCGUCCGAACUCCCACGAACGCAGUGGCUCCAGCUGUUCCUGCUGCUGCCGCGGCCAUGUUGGGCGACGCCAGGCGUCGCCACGGCCGCGCCGCCUGCCGCCGCCGCACCGCCGUGCCCCGACGCCGUCGCAGCAGCAGCGGCCGAAUGCCAGGCCUACCGGGACGAGCUGGGACCGACGCCGCCGAACGUCGCGUCGCCGACGACCAGUUGUCUCGUGGCAUCGGAAGAACAGGAUUAUUCGUUGGCACGGACGGAGCCUGCGUCGACAGGGAACUGUGACGACCGCUUGCGAGCAAUGGCACUCGUACGUCGGUUCAUCAGCGUCGCUGUAAUGGCUUGGGACAGUGGUUGAAAACGAGCUC